AAAAUGUCUAAAUCGAAACUGAAGUAUGUUACCAAAUUUAACAAAUCAUAUACUAAUGAGUUUCCUUCAAUAAUUGCAUCACGUAAAGGAAGCACUUAUGCUUUUUGUUCCGACUGUGCAUGUGAUAUAUUAAUUGCUCACGGAGGCAAGAAUGACAUUUUGCUCAUAAAUGGGCAAAAGCACAAAAACACUGAAAUUUUUGCAAACUACACAAAAAAAAAAUUUCCCGCCGAUGACGAUUCGGUCAUAAGGGCUGAAGCCUACUUGACUGCAAUUUUGAUCGAACACAAUCUGCCCAUUAAUUGUGCUGACCAUGCUGGACCAUUGUUCUGCAAGAUGUUUCCAAACGAUGGUAUCGCCAAAAAGUAUGCUGCUGGCAGAACAAAAACAACAGCCAUUAUAAACGAAAUGGCUACAAUGGAAAAAGAAUCUGUUGUAGAAAUUUUAAAAGAAAGUCCAUUUUCAGUAUCAACUGAUGGUAGUAAUAAGUCUGAUGUUAAAUUGUAUCCCCUUGUUGUUACAUAUUAUAAUGAGAAAAGUAUGAUAAUUGAGAGCACUUUAAUGUCUGUGCCAAAUUUAGAAGGAGACUCAACUGACAUAAAUAUUGCCAAUUUGAUUUUAAGAGAAUUGAAUGCAAAUGAUAUACCAUUUGAAAAUUGUCUUUCUCUUGGGGCAGAUAAUGCACCAGUAAUGAUUGGUGAAAAAACUGCCGUCGCUGGUGUUUUGAAAAAAGAAAUUGGACAUUUGGCAGUCAUUGGUUGUGCUUGUCAUUUGAUAAAUUUGGCGACCCAAAAGGGAGCAGUUGUCAUUCCUGACAAGAUCGAUGAAUUUCUCAUAGAUAUAUUUUUCAAUUUAGAGAAAAGUGCCAAAAGGAAAUAUGGCUUCAGGAAUUCCAAGCUUUGUUCAAUGCUGAGCAAAGGAAAAUCCGGAAGCAUGUGUCCACCCGAUGGCUUUCAUUGGGACGGUGUUUGGAUAGAUUAGUGCAGCAGUGGGAGCCACUAGCAUCAUUCUUCAAAGAAGAAGUGAAUGGCCAACACUGUAGGAAAAGAAAGCGAGAUUCUAACCCUCCUCCUACUACAUCAGCAAGGCAGAGUAUAUUGAGUAGAGAAGAAAGGAUUUUCCUCUUUCUAUCUUCAGAUUUAAAUAAGGCCUUGUGCCAAUUUAUCCUUAAUGUUUUACCAAUAUUUGAGGUAUCAAAUGCAACGCUGCAAUCAAGCACUCCCCAUAUCCAUUUGUUGAGAAAAAUUUUAAUGGAUAUGUUGAAAGAACUGUUUUCCAGAUUUGUCCAGCCUAGUGUGAUAAAGUCAUCUUCUCUUUUAAAUCUUGAUUUUAAUGAGUUGGAGAAUCAAAAAAGUGAUACUGAUUUAGUCAUAGGCGAGAGGGCUUCAAAGAUUUUGGAGAAUUUACCGAAGAUUUUUUUCAAAACUGUACGUUUAUACUAUGUUAGUGUUUGUGACUACAUGGUAAAAAAAUGCUGAAGUGGCCUCUCGAGAGAGGAUUGAUGAAGCCUCAUUUUCAUCUGUAAAGUACUUUCUGGAACGUUAUCCUAUAUUACUUUCACCUAACACUGGCAAUAUUUCCAGUGUUGACGUUUUGCAAAGGCAGUUUUGUUCUCUGCAACUUGAGACAAUACCUCAGGAAAUCCUGACAGAACGAACUGAUAAGGCUUGGGCCUUGAUUGGCCAAAGGAAGGAUAUGGGAGGAAAUAACAGAUUUGAUUUAUUAUCUAAAGUGAUGUUAGGGAUUCUAACUCUUUCUCACAGUAAUGCUGCAUGUGAGAGAAUAUUUAGUUUUAUUACGAAAAAUUGCACACAAUUUAGAUCAACUAUGUCAACGCAAACACUUGAAAAACUAUUGAUGCUAAAAUCAACAAUGAAAGGAAAUUGUCACAAACAGGACUUCAGCAAGACUUUGUUGCGAAGAGCUAAAUCUGAAACUGUUAAUUCUUUAAAUUCUGUUUAAAAUGUGUUUUUAAUGUUUUUAUUUCAAAGCUAGUGGUUCAUAUUUAUGUCAUAUUUCAAUUUUUUUUUAUUUGUUUAUAAAAUAACCUUUUUAAGUUUCAUUCAUUUUCUAUAUUUUUUGAUCAUAACAUUUCAAUUAAUUUAACAGUUUAAAUAAUUUUAUUUGUCCUAGAUCAUUUUUUUUAACUAGUUAAAUUUUUUAUACAUACUGACAUUAGUUCUGGGUUGGUUUUUUAAAAUUAGAGUUCUUUGAUUUAUUAAUUUUUUGAAAGUUUUUGUACCUCUCUAUUACAGUGUCAAGGUUUUUUGAAUAAUGUUUUAUAAAGGACAUGGUAUUAAUUUUUUAAAUAGAGAGUAUCUGCCCAAUGUAGUUUUGUGUUGCUAUGUUUGUGAAAUGUAAAGUAAAAAUGAACUAAUGGAUUGAAUCUGUGUUUAGAUGAUUUAUUUCCAUUUAAUAUUUGUUACAUUUAAUAUUCUUCCACAAUUUGUACUCUAUUAGUGUGUAAAAUUUCUUGUAUUCUUAUAUUUAAUAAAUGUUUUAUUUAAAAUUC